GUAGCGCUCACUCUUGCCAGAGGUUUGAAAGAACGGGCUGGUUGCACGGUGGACGGCGGAAAGUCGAUGCGUAUGAAGUCUAAAGCGGCCCGAGUUUGUGAUAGAGCAGAAUAUCUCGAGCUUAUGGCAAUUAUUUAUACUAAAAGACUACAUACAUAGGCCGGUAGGAACACAUAAAGAACGUGGCAUUGGUAAACUCUUUCUUAAUAUAUAUAAAAGAAGAGUUCUUCCCUUUGUUCCAUCCUUUUGUAUGAUAUUGACUGCAAGGUACCGUAGUGAGGCAACAUUAAUUUUUUAAAGUCAAGAAACCGCACUCCAAAAGGAGGAUUUGACAUUAAAGAUACACAAAGCUUAUUGAUGACAUUAACUUCACUCUACAAUUAUAAAAAUUUAUUUGGUGAUCCCAGAGUGUUUGAUAGCUGCUUACCAUGAGCCAGCCAGUCACAAUCCUGAGUCCAUCACCCACAUAAGUGAGAUGCCAAAGGAGAAUGGAAUUGCAGUGGUGUGUAUGUGUGGGCUGAAUGAUGGAGGAAAUCCAAGAAUUAGAUGUUGAACUUCUAAUCAGCUUAGUAAAGGACAGGCCAGUUCUCUGGGAUAAAAGCCUAGAUGAAUACAAGUCCCGAGCAGAAACCACAGCAGCGUGGAGGGAGGUAUGCAAUAUACUGAAUGAAGACUUUGAGUAUCUCAGUGAUGAAGCUAAAAUCAAGUAUGGUAAACUUAUCACUACAAAGUGGACUAAUGUUCGAGACUGCUACCAAAAAUAUUUAAAGAAGCUCCAAGAAAAGAAGAAAACUGGAUCCAAGGCAAAAUCCUUCAAAAAAUAUGUUUAUAGUGACCAGAUGUCAUUCCUGCAAAAGAACAACAUAAGAAAGGAAAUGGUUCCCAGUGUGGAAGUUAACAGGGAAGAGCUUGAUGACAGCGAACAUGGGAUCAACACUCCUGAAGGUAUUGAAACAUUUGUUCUCCUACAUGUUCAACACAAAGUUAAAAGAAAAAAGCUAAGAUCCUGCAGAAGCUACAAAAGCCAGAAAAUCAGCAUAUCAAUUUCUUCAAAACCAUUCCUUCAGAAGUUUAUUGAAAAUGAAACAUUGCAACUUCAAGCAGAAGCAAUUAAAAGUACACAGAGCAUGUGCAAGUCUUGACAAAUUGCCAUGGGUUCUCCAAGACCUAACCAUUUUGAGUCAGAUAUUCAACCCUUCCCACAUUGCCAUGCUUCCCAGUUUGGUAAAGUGAAACAGAAAAAUAAUAUAUGCAUCCCCACCUCCAGCUUAACAUGGGAGAAGCAGUUGUAUUCCACCUCAACCAUGAUGCCAGCAGUACUACCAAAUGAGCACACAUGCUGCUAAUAGGCCAGACAGGCUGGAUUUCACUAUCUCAUUAGAACACAACCUUGACUAAACUCCACUCAUGGCUUCACCUGGACUGUCAUCUAACAAGGCUGUCAUUACUCUACUAACUGAGAACCCAUGCUUUUCUGGUGUACAUCUCCAUUACGGAAAAGGGUGAUUGUAUAGAUCUACUUAUUAUAUUCUUUUAAUAAAGAUAAUAAAGUUAAAAUGUUAUUACCUCACAACUUUUCAUUGAAUGUCAAAUGAGUUCUUUAUGAUUAUUUUCAGUGUUUUGCAUGCACAUCAUGUGAAAUAAGCUGCCUCUUUGAUGCACUAAUCAGAAAAAGCAGUUAUAUUUAACAGUAUAACUCAAGUUGAUACUGUAAAGAGAUACUUAAAAUUGCUUCUCAAUCUAUGCCAUUUACACAAGGAGAUAAUAUGCUUUAUACUAGUGCAAAUGAGUCAUAUCCUUGUCUUUUAUUCUGUUGCUGAAAAAGAGUAAUUUGAAAAGAUGAGUAUAAUAAUGUACUAAGUAAUAAAAAUGAUUUAAUCCCUAAAAGAUGGGUGAGGCUUUAGAAGAUAUUCCUGCUCUGAGGGCCUAGUAGAUGGUUUUAUUAUAACAGAUCAUUUAUAUGACAGCAGUUCAUCUCCCUCCUGCUCCUGUAUUCUCACAAGUAAUCAGUCAUGCUUAGUCAUUUAAGUCAUUUUAUAGACCUAGAUAAAUAGCCUCAUAAAUGUCACUGCUCUUGCUGCCAACAGUAUUAUGUUGUAGAUUUAUACAGUUACAAAUAAAAAAACAAAAUAUGGAACUCUGGUAAGUUGCUGAGAAUGAUUCUGAAUCAUGGACUUGAAAGGUCAUCCCUCUUCUCCAGAAUUUGAAAUGAAUAACCUUAAAUUAUCUCUUUUUUUCUAGCUGUUCUGAUACAAAUAUGCUUGUUCUCCCUGAUUUCAUAACAAUUUGUUAUUAAAAUAUACCCAUCCCACACAGACAUAAGUUGCCCAUCCUGUAUUUGUUGUUUAUAUUUUAUCUUUAUAAUAUUAUUUUUCCUAUAAACAUUAUGCAUGGUGUGUAUAUGUAUUAGUAAUAUCUGUACUAGUAUUUCUCUUAUUAUUAUCAAUGGAUUCACAUUAUCCCUGUUCUUGCUA